CCUCUCAAAGUUCUUAAUUCUGGCUUUCUUCUUCAUCUCUCGUCCUCGUCCAAAAGAUUUUGAAAACGAAGCGACGAAGUAGAUGUACACAGACUCAGUUCUCUUGAUCAAUUUCUUCUUUUGUCUGUCUUGAUAACUAGAAGGAAGUGAUGGGGAUUGGAGGAAGAUUUUGGGAUUUGCUUAAACCACCCUAUGUGCGACCCGAAGGACCCUAUUUACUGAGAAACAAACGCGUCGCCGUCGAUCUCUCAUACUGGGUCGUUCAACACGAGAUCGCUAUCAAGACCUACACUACAUUCGUAACCCGCUUCUGAGGCUCACCUUAUUCCGUAUAAUCAACAUUUUCUCCAAGCUUAUGAAAAGUAUGAAUGUCUGGUAUGGAGUUCUGGGUUCUUGAAAAUAUUGAAGAAUAAGUGCAAUUGAGAGUUCAGCUUGCUUUUGGGAUGCUCAUUCGGUUAUUUACUAAGAGUGGUUUGCAGGAGCUGCUUGAAGUAUUUGGGAUGCUUGGUCUGAAAGUUUCAGGGGAAGCUGAAGAAUUAUGCACUCUAUUAAAUAGUGAACGUCAUGUAGAUGCAUGCAUCACAACUGACAGUAACGAUUUCCUUUUCGGGGCCACUUGUGUGUUAAAUGCAUCAGGCCUAAUUCCAAGUGAGGGGUCCGUCGUGGUUGAUCUUAGUGAAAAUGAUGCUCAAUCAUAUACUAGCCUAAGCGUCUUGGUGGUGGAUUGUGAUACUGAAUGUCUUACAAUUGUGUCGGAUAUGCUUCGCAGAUUUGAAUAUAAAGUUAUAACUGCUAAAAGAGCUGCUGACGCAUUGUGCAUUGUGCGGGAGACAGAAAAUGAGCUUGAUCUUAUUCUGACUGAAACUCACUUACCUGAUAUGAAAAUGUAUGAAUUCCUUGAGGCACUAGGACAAAUGUCCAAUCUGCCAAUAGUAGUUAUGUCAGCUGAGAAUGAUAGCAAAGCGAUACUAGGAAGCUACCAUAAAGGGGCAGUAUUUUAUCUUGUCAAACCACUCAUGAUGAAUGAUGUAAAGAACCUCUGGCAGUUUGCAUACAUCAGUAAAACAGAAAGGAUGAUGUCUAUGGAAGGACUAAGUGGCUUCUCUCAGGAGUCACAACAUGGUGAUUCCGAGGCUCGAGAGUCUAUUGUGACAAUGGAGAAGCAGGUUUUGCUAUGUGCCAAAGGACAUGAGCAGGAAGAGAUGUAUAAAGAAGGUAAGGAAGACAAUUUUGAGGUUUUGAAGGAGUCGAGGAUAAUUUGGACAGAUGAGCUGCAUGAGAAGUUCUUGCAAGCUGUAAAAGAACAAGGCGUUCAAAAUGCUCGUCCAAAGAACAUUCUUGAGCAUAUGAAUGUACAAGGACUGAAGAAAGAACAAGUUUCAAGCCAUUUACAGAAAUAUCGUAUUAAAUUGAGAAAAAAGCAGGAGUUUGCCCAAAACACCAUGAAGAAUUUCAACGGUCUUAUGUAUAUGCCUUCUCUUGGUUCCAUCUAUCUGACCAAUCGUGUGGACACAGGCCCUAAUAGGGUACCAAAUUUUUUGCAGAGGCAGUCCACUCUACAGAACAGUUUUCCUGGUUUUUCUCGUCCUGAUUCUGGCCAAUUUGGAUUCAGAAAUUUCGUUAUCGGAGAGUUACCUCACUCCAAGAAGAUGAAAAAUCAUGUGGGAGAUUCAGGGUUUAGUGUCACCUAUCACCCAAAAUUGUUCAAUGAUACAAUACGAGGACAACAAGAGGAGCUAGUUCUGAUGCCACAGCUAUCAUCAGUGCCUCCACCAGCACGAUAAUAAUCUUCCCGUUCUUGCUGACGAUUUAAAUGAUCUCUGGUAGGUUGGGCUACUGGUGUUUGCAGAUUAAUUUUUAUAGUUUCUAGUUUACUAAUAAUGCUCAUGUUUGAAUAUUGUGUUGUUCUUGUAUGGAUGAGAAUGACUGAUCUGGUGUCAUGAUAUGGAAUAAAACUCUCUUUGGCUA